AAAGGUCAAAGUUGAACUUUUGGACAACAUAGGAAGUGUGCUUGUGUAAAUUCAUCAAGCGCACAUGACCUGAUGUUAUUAAAUCCCUAAUUUACCAUUUUCUACUUUGGAGUCUGCGAGAUGAUGCUUUCCACGUUUAGGACAGCAGCGCUGUGUUGCUGCAGAAGAGCGGGGCAUGGAUAUAAACCAAGCAAUAAUCUACAGUUGCGACUUUUCAGAAGAAACCAGGGAACCAUUGCAGCAGAGGCUGGAGCUACAUGUGGUUCAGCCACUGCCACUGCUGUGCCCAAUGCUGCCACAAACAGGAUAGUAGGGCGCUGGCUUGUGGGAUGCAGUGGACUGGUUAUUGGAGCUGUUGUUUUGGGUGGAGUUACAAGACUUACAGAAUCUGGUCUUUCAAUGGUGGACUGGCAUCUGGUAAGGGAAAUGAAGCCACCACAGACACAAGAAGAAUGGGAAGCAGAAUUUUCCAAGUACCAGCAGUUUCCUGAAUUUAAAAUAUUAAAUCACAACAUGACUUUGCCAGAGUUUAAGUUUAUAUUUUACAUGGAGUGGGGUCACCGUAUGUGGGGCAGACUUGUAGGACUUUCUUACAUCCUCCCUGCUAUAUACUUUUGGAGAAAAGGAUAUUUUACUCGUUCAAUGAAGGGAAAAGUGCUUGGUCUUUGUGGAUUUGUUUUCUUUCAGGGUCUCCUGGGCUGGUAUAUGGUUAAGAGUGGUCUAGAGGAGAAACCAGAGUCUCAUGACAUCCCCAGAGUGAGCCAGUACCGUCUGUGUGCCCACUUGGGCUCCGCUCUGCUGCUUUAUUGUGCCAGUCUUUGGACUGGGCUAACUCUGCUACAGUCCCCGCAAAAGAUGAUCGAGACUAAGCAUUUAAUGCUGCUCAGGAAGUUUGCCAAGGGAACUGGCGCACUGGUCUUUAUUACUGCCCUUUCAGGUGCUUUUGUGGCUGGCUUGGAUGCUGGAUUGGUCUAUAACUCUUUCCCCAAGAUGGGUGAGCGAUGGAUCCCUGAUGAUUUGCUUGCUUUCUCUCCAACUCUGAAGAACUUCUUUGAAAAUCCCACAACUGUUCAAUUUGACCACAGAAUUUUGGGUAUCUCCACUCUGGCAGCAAUCACAAGCCUCUAUCUUUUUUCAAGAAAAGUGAUGCUUCCCAAAAGGGCUAAAAUUGCCAUCAGCCUUCUUACAGCAAUGGCUUAUGGACAGGUCGCCCUGGGGAUCAGCACCCUGUUGCUGUAUGUGCCCACUCCAAUUGCAGCGACUCACCAGUCUGGAUCUCUGGCUCUUCUCUCUCUGGCUAUCUGGGUGUUGGCAGAGCUCCGCAAAGUCCCCAAGUAAAUACCGUACUAAAUACCGUAAAUAUCAUACACCAUGCCUCCUUAACACAUUUUGUUCUAGUUGAUGUUUAUUCAGAUACAUGUCAUAUUUAAAUGCUAUGCACAAACAUCUCUUGAAAAUGGCAAAAAUUAAAAAGGAAAAAUACAUUGAUAAUUGAUAUCGUCAAUUGAUAAUUAUAUUGGAUUACUUUAGAUCCAUUCAUGUACAUUUAACUUAUAAAACUUUUGUGUUGAUAAAUUAUGUGGAAUCUGGCAUUUCAGUGUUUGAUUUUCAGUGUUUCCUAUACACUGAGACGUCAGAUUGUGUCUUGUAUAUAAUAAAAAUGAAAAGUCAAUCC